UUUGCAAAGUAUAGAGGUUUAAUAAAGAUGGAUACUGCAACCAGUAGAGGAUUCCAAGUCCUAGCAUGCUCUGGUACCUCUUCCUUCACCAGAAAGAAGAUACAUAAGACAUCAUUCUGUGCCACUUAUUUGCCUGCUCGAAGGGGGCACGCUCCACGCCACCUCAUAACCUGCAUUCGUGCUCAGGAACGCCCCACAUGGCUUCCAGGCCUCGACUCUCCGCCUUAUCUUGAUGGAACUCUGCCUGGAGAUUAUGGAUUUGAUCCGCUGGGGCUCGGGGAGGACCCCGAAAGCUUGAGGUGGUAUGUGCAGGCUGAACUGGUUCAUGCUCGCUUCGCGAUGGCUGGAGUAGCUGGAAUUCUUCUCACAGAUUUGCUUCGUGUUACCGGGGUAAGCGACUUGCCUGUGUGGUAUGAAGCCGGAACCACCAAAUUUAGUUUUGCCAGCACCACAACCUUGUUCAUAGUCCAGUUAUUCUUGAUGGGAUUUGUGGAGACCAAACGUUUAAUGGAUUUCAAUUCACCUGGAUCUCAAGCGAAAGAGGGAUCGUUUUUCGGGUUGGAAGCAUCUCUUGAAGGUUUAGAACCAGGGUACCCUGGUGGCCCUCUCUUCAAUCCUCUUGGUCUUGCUAAAAGCGCAAAAGAUGCCAAGGAAUGGAAGCUGAAAGAGAUCAAAAAUGGUCGUCUCGCUAUGGUAGCUAUGCUGGGGUUUAUUGUCCAAGCAUCAGUGACUCAUGUAGGCCCUGUUAACAACCUCAUGGAACAUCUUUCGAAUCCCUGGCACAGAACCAUCAUUCAAACGCUUGCAGAAUCUGGCCCCUGACUGUAAAUCGCAAAGCUACUAUUUCUUAACUCUCGCCUCAACUGCACAUCAGGGUGACUGGAGAUGAUGCGUGUAAAAAACUUUUUUUUUCCUGCCUAUACUCUGUGUAACUAGUAAAGAAAAGGUAGAGGGAAUGAUCUUUGUUGAUCAAAAGUAUCAGGAGCAACAAAUCUAUUUCAAAAAGAUUAUUUGUAAGA